UCGGGGCCGGGCCCGCUCCCCGCCCACAGGCCCGGCGGGCCGGGGUCAGGCCACCGCCGGCCUCGCCUCCCGCCCGCCCCCGCCAUCUUAAACCGCUACGCGCCGGCGGCGAGGCGAGGCCGGCGGUCCCGCUGUCCGGGGAGAUGGCGGAGACGAGCACGGAAGCUCGGACGUGGCUGCUGCGGCCGCCCACGGCCACCGAGCUGCUGCUGGUGGCCCUGUGCUGGCUCGGCUGCUACUGGCUGCUGCGGCGGCGGCCGCGGCCGCUGUCGGGGCUGCCGCCGGGCCCCGCGCCCUGGCCGCUCGUGGGCAACUUCGCCUUCGCCCUUCUGCCGCCUCCGCUGCUGCGCAGGUGGGCGGUGGAUGUGAAGGGCGACCGGCUCUCCCCCGCCUUCUCGCCCCACGUCUUCCUCACCGGCCUCACCAAGAUGUACGGCAGCAUCUUCCGGCUCUUCGUGGGCAACCGCCCAUUCAUCAUCCUCAACACUUUCGGGGCGGUGCGGGAGGCGCUGGUGCAGAAGGCGGAGGUGUUCAGCGACCGGCCCUCCGUGCCCAUCGUCCUCAUGAUCACCCACCACAAGGGUGUUAUUUUUGCACCUUAUGGCCCUGUCUGGAAGCAACAGAGGAAAUUCUCUCUGUCAACACUGCGUCACUUUGGAGUAGGGAGACACAGCUUAGAGCCUAAAAUCAUUGAGGAGUUGAACUUUGUAAAGGAGGAAAUGCUGAAGCACGGAAAGAAUUCAUUUAAUCCCUUCCCAAUCAUUCGCAAUGCAGUGUCCAAUAUUAUCUGUUCCAUGGCCUUUGGCAAGCGCUUUAACUACGAAGAUGAGGAGUUCAAGACGAUGCUGAAGAACAUGGCCCGAGCCCUGGAGCUGAGUGUGAACAGCUACAUGAUCCUGGUCAACAUCUGCCCGUGGCUCUACUACCUUCCCUUUGGGCCUUUCCGCGAGCUUCGGCAAACUGAGUUAGACAUUACUGCCUUUCUGAAGAGAAUAAUUGCCCAGCACAGGGAUACACUGGAUGCAGCAAAUCCCAGGGACUUCAUUGAUAUGUACUUCAUCCAUGCAGAGGAAGAGAAGAACAACAAGGAGAGCAGUUUUAAUGACGAUUACCUUUUUUUUAUCAUCGGUGAUCUCUUCAUCGCCGGCACUGAUACCACUUCCAACACAUUGCUGUGGUGCCUGCUCUACAUGUCUCUUUACCCUGAAGUACAAGAGAAAGUUCAUGCAGAAAUCGAAGCAGUUCUAGGACGUGAUAAAGUUCCCUCUCUUGCUCACAAGGCUCAAAUGCCCUUCACAGAGGCAACCAUUAUGGAAGUGCAGAGGAUGACUGCAGUUGUUCCCCUUUCUAUUCCUCGAAUGGCCUCAGAAACUGCUGUGCUCCAGGGAUAUACUAUUCCUAAGGGUAGUGUGAUUGUGCCCAACCUGUGGUCAGUACACAGGGAUCCUAACAUUUGGGAGAAGCCAGAUGAAUUUCAACCAUCAAGAUUUCUGGAUGAAAAUGGCCAGCUAAUAAAGAAAGAGUCAUUCAUUCCUUUUGGAAUGGGUAAACGUGUGUGCAUGGGAGAGCAGUUGGCAAAAAUGGAGCUGUUCUUGAUUUUUUCAAGUCUUAUGCAAAGUUUUACCUUUAUGUACCCUGAAAAUGCUGCAAAACCAUCUAUGGAGGGAAGGUUUGGUCUAACUUUAGCUCCAUGUCCAUUCAACAUAAUAGCUUUGAAGAAAUGAUACAGUGUCAAAAAAGAUUAAGCAAAGAAAUACUGCACUUUUAAAAUACAGCUUUUUUAUUAUUAUUAUUUCCAUCUUAUUUUGUUACUUUCUUUCCAGAAAUUAACCCCAACUGCACAGGCUUUCCUAGUCAGUAAGAAUGAUCCGUUUAGCCUUCUGGAAAGAAUUUUUUUGUCAGCUGUUGCAUUCCACAAAUGAACUGACAGCAUAGUUUUUAAUUUGAUAUUAAAACUUGGUGGGCUUAACAUCUGUCUGUUAUGGUCAGUUUUUCAAAUGUUGAUUAUGGGGGAAUGGUCCAAAACAUUUAUUACUGUUCUGGCAAAUAGUAAUUGUGAAAAAUUGUGAAAGCCACACAUAAAUAUUUCAUUUACCAAAGGAGUGAAGCACAUCAUGUAAUAUUAAAAGUAUUAAUGAGUUGUUAGCAUUUUCUGUGAAAAGAAAGAUUAUAACUGAGCUUAAAUAAUUAAUUACGCUUUUUGAAAAUUACCAAGUGACAUUACUUUUAACCUUGGAGGAUUCUUUUUUGCAACUAACUUAUAGAUGUAGUAGAUUGGAUCCAAAUAUCCUUGAGAUUCAGGGCACACUAUAAAAAAGCAGGUACCAAGCUGGAAAGGCCAGGAUUUGAGGCCAAAUGAAUCCUUGAAUAUGCCAUAUUCUCAUCAUGAAAUGAGUGUGCAGCAUCGGGAUGCAGAUGUUUUAUCUCAGAAUACAAACGAGAGCGGAAUUCUCUAACAGGAAACAGCAGAACUCUUUCUCUCUGGUGCCAAACAUAUUUAAGACAUCUGUGCUGCCUCUUGGCAUUCAUUGUUUACCUCAUGGCAGCAGUGGCUGCAGGCUGGACGGGACCAGCAGCUGCUCACUGGGGAAAACACUACAGUCUACAGUGUGUAGUCCUGAAGUCAAGGCUGGUGCUCAGGUUUUUCAUCCACAGGCAGUGUGGACGGUACUGCCACAACCUCUGCCUUUGGGAACUGGAGUCUUCAAAUAUGGCAUCACUAUAUCAGUACAAGUACUGUUUAUACAUUUACCAGGGAACAGGAGGAAGCUGACAAACUUGAGAUUUGAAUAUAAUGGCUCUCUCUUUAUUAUCUUCCAUAUAGAGUAAAAAUAUCUGUAGUUCAUGCAGCAUUAGUGUAUCAGUACUUUUUUCACAUGCAGAAUCUUAGUGCUCUUAACCACUGUCAAACCAGCUGUCAAGGAAAACUCAUGUUAAUUGUUUCAGAGCAGGACACUCAGUCUUGCCUUGUAUUUCAAACAUGGAAAGUCUUUUGGGGGACUAUAUAACAACUAACCUUUAAAUAGUUUUUUUUAAUAAUUCUUUAAUCUCUUUACACUCCUUUUGAUCUAUCAGAAUUUCAUAUCAUAUUAAUUAAGUUCUUAUGUACUCUUCUAAAGAUUUUUUCCCCCUCACUGAAGAUGUAGAGAAUACCCGGAGCCCUCCUAAUGUCAAGUUUACAAGACUGGAAUGUGAAUUUGAAUGUAAUUUAGAAUUGGGUAUUCCAAAGCAGAAACAAAACUCAAAUUGUGAAAGAAGAGACAACUUUUCAGCUUUAAAUUAAUGUCUGGUUUUGUCACUUUUAACCUUGAAGUUCUAAAAGCCAGGUAGUGCCUAACAAAGACUGUAAGAUAGUUAUUUUGCAUUUAAAUUAAGGUUUUCUGUUACCUGUUUUGAAUAACAGAGUGCCUUAAUUUUUGAAUUAUGUAUUUGGUUGGUCAGGUAUCCCACUGUUUGUGUGAAAACUUUCAAUUAUUUUCAGUUUAACUAGGUUAACUUUGGACUAUAUAGCCUUGUGGGUUUGGUUUUUUGGUAUGAAGUUUUUGAAAACUUAGUACAAUAAAAAGUUGAUUUUGGUACCAAUGCCAGUGAACUUGCUCUAAAACCGGACAGUACUGGAGAAUUAAGCACUUUAUUUAAUUUAAUUUUUUAUUUUCCAAUGAAUAAAUAGUUUCUGUAGAGUUGGGAUUUUUGUCUGGAAAUCAUAAAUUAUGCUUAAUUGAGAAGCUAAAAUUAAGUGCUGAUAAUAUUUAUCUUUCUGUUGAAAUGCCUCUUUAAACAACAUAAUGAUGUUGGUGUGCAACUGAUCACUUUUAUAAAAUACCUGUCCUUUUAAUGAAUGAGGACACAUUUGGAAAGCACUUUAGUAUUUUUUUACGGAUUCCAAAGAAGAUGCAAUUUACAUAAUCCCCUGGUAUGUGAAACUGUACAUAUUUGUGCUAGUUUUGCCUGCUGAGUUUACUUUAAAAUGUCACCUUUGAAAAUUAGCUUUCUACAAAUACAACUGUCCUGGUUUAGGACAAAUUAGGGGAAAUCUCCGAAAGGGAGUCCCCUAAAACAAACCUCCAACCACCCCUCCCCCAAUACCGGGUUCGGGAAGGAAUUCCUCGGAGGAGCAAAGUGGAAAAUAAAACCUAUUUAAUAACAAGUAACAAAGGAACACUCCCCAACACAAGAAAAGAAAAAGAAACCAGGCAGUGUUGUGGAGGGUGCUGAUCUUCUUCUCGCAGACUCCAGGGGGUCCUGGACGUCCCAGGUCAGGUCCGGAGCCGGUACGGUAUCUUCAGGGGAGGGUAAGAAAGAGGGAAAGGAAAAAAAAAGAGCGCAAAAGAAGGCAAGCCAGCCAAGCUAAGCAGCAGCAGCAAGCAAAAGCAAAAGCAGCCAGCAAGCUAAGCAGCAGCAAAAGCAAAAGCAAAAGCCGAGGUGCCCGGUCACCCUCACCCUCCCCGCCCCGCCGCAGCAAGACGGCCGGGGGGGGGGGGGGGGGGAAGAAA